GUUUUAAAGCAACAGUUUUACGAGACCUGACGUGACGCGGCGGUGGGGCUGGCUUUCCUCCACUCUGCCUACAUUCAUAAACGGAUAUGAUGAUAAAACGACGCUGAAUGCACCGGAGCAGCACUCAGCCCUGACCAUGGCGGAAGAGGACGACGCUAGGAUUCGGAUUUUACAGAGUCUGCGGGGUAAAAUAUGUAACCCUUUCUAUGGAGAAAAUUUCUACUUUGAGAUCCCACGCCCAUUUCAGUGUUUAUCCUUCUACGUUUAUGCCAAGGCUGUUUUUCAGAGGGACCUACCCGUUGGCAAGGUGUCAAUCCGGAAGGAUGACCUAUGUAAAUACAGCGGGAAGGAGAACUGGUUUAGCCUCCAGACUGUUGAUCCUAACUCAGAAGUUCAGGGGAAAGUUCACCUGGAGAUGCGACUGAAUGAAGUGAUCACAGAGAACGGCUCAACAGGUCAACAGUUAUUAGUCCGAAUAAUAGAGUGCAAGGACUUGCCUUUGAUCAGCGGCCAGAACUGUGACCCUUAUGCCACAGUGUCUCUCGUUGGACCUGCCAGGUCAGAUCAAAAGAAAACAAAAGUUAAGAAGAAAACCAGCAAUCCUCAUUUUGAAGAGACCUUCUUUUUUGAGGUCACGCGGUCAAGCAGCUACUCUAAAAAGUCUGACUUCCAUGUGGAGAAGGAGGAUAUUGAAAAGCUUGAAAUCAAAGUGGAUCUGUGGAACAACGAAAAUCUGGCUCAGGAUGUGUUUCUCGGGGAGAUGCGAGUUCCUGUCAAGAUCCUGAGAAAUGACCACAUUCACAAAGCCUGGUAUCUCCUCCAGCCCAAAGGGAACGGCAACAAGUCCAAAUGUGAAGACUUGGGAUCCAUGCGUUUGAAGCUGACCUACAUUGAAGACACGGUGCUGCCAUCUGCUUGCUACACACCAAUCUGCAACCUGCUGCUCAAAUCCCCCGAUGUGAAGCCCAUCUCAGCGUCAGCAGCUCACAUCUUGGGAGACAUCUGCAGAGAGCGAUACGAGGCCGUUCUACCCACGGUUCGACUGCUGCUCUAUCACAAUCGAUUCGUGCCUUUUGUCUCCGCCGUGGCAGCGCUGGAACUGGAGAAUACUCAGGAGGCUAACACUAUAUUCCGUGGCAACUCCCUGGCAACCCGCUGCAUCGAUGACAUGAUGAAAAUUGUUGGAAAGAGUUACCUGGCUGUUACCCUGAAGCCUGUAAUCGAUGAGAUUUGUGACUCCAACAAAACCUGUGAAAUAGACCCCAUUAAACUAAAAGAAGGUGACAAUGUGGAAAUCAACAAGGAAAACCUUCAGGUUUAUGUCCAGAAAGUCUUCUCCUCCAUCACCCAGUCCAGUUCCAGCUGUCCCCCCCUCAUGUGUGAUGUGUUCAGAUCUUUAAGACACUUGGCCUGCAAACGCUUCCCAGGUGAUCCACAUGUUCAGUACUCGGCUGUGAGCAGCUUUGUGUUCCUGCGAUUUUUUGCAGUGGCUGUUCUUUCUCCACACUCCUUCCAGCUCCGCUCCCAUCACCCUGAUCCUGAGAUUUCCCGCACGCUCACCCUCAUCUCCAAAACCAUCCAGACUCUGGGCAGCUGGGGUAGUUUGUCCAAAAAACUGUCUAGUUUUAAAGAAAGCUACAUGUACGACUUCUUCAGAUCAUUCCAGGAGGAAAAGUGCAUUGAAAAAGUUAAAAAGUUUCUUGAUGAAAUCUCAUCAAAUGUCAACAAGGAAUCCAGCGGACUGGAGGAUGCUGUCGUUCUCAAGGAAGGGGAAGUGCAGAAACGAACUGAAACAAAAAGAAAAAUCGUCAAGAAACACUUUAAGAAGAGAUGGCUCAGACUGACCAACAGGGAGCUCUCCUACCACAAAUGUAAAGGGAAAGAGGCCCUCUGCACCAUCGACAUAAAAAAUAUCAGGGCGGUGGAGAAACUGGAUGAAAGUGCCUUUAACCGCAAAAAUAUGUUUCAGGUGGUCCACAAUGAGAAGCCUCUUUAUGUUCAGGCAGGGAACUGUGUGGAGGCCAGCGAGUGGCUGGAGAUCCUGGGCCAGGUCAGUUGUUGUAACGAGGAACGCUUGGACACUUUCCACCCGUCAAACUACACCAACGGAGCCUGGCAGUGCUGCAAAAACCAGAGUCCCAACGCUCCAGGCUGCAAGGCGUGCACAAUCACCAUGCUGGCCAACCUGCAGCUGGACAUCGACUGUGACCGGGAGGCGGAGAGGAUUUUCUCUCUCCUUUCCUCGAAUGAAGCCAAGCUCCAGAACAUGGAGGAUGCAUGUGCCAGUAUGGCGGUGUACCAGGGCCCUCAGCGAGAGCAGGAGGAAUACUCCAAGUUCACCAUUCAGGAACCCAAAGAGACAUUUCAGACUCUCAAACAGCUCCGAAACGUCAUGGAGGAGCUGCAGAGGCAGCACAACAGCAGGAACAACAUCACAGCACAGUACGGAAGCCUUGACAACCCCAUAGUGGGUAAAACCUCCUAACCUGGGGGGGGCCGGUGUGGCCUGAAGC